GUCUCUGGUCACUUUCAGUUUAUGAAUAAUUAUGGGUGUGUAUUAAAGAUCUAGCUAGCUAUUAAAGAUGAACGCCAGUGUUGAGAGUCUGGUUCUUAUCAAGUACUAUGACAAGCUUCAGACAAUGAUCCAAGGAGAAAUUGUAUCAAUGGCCACUAAAGCACUGUCACAACAUCUGCUGUCCUCUGGAGAACACUCCAAGUGCAUUCACAUGAUCUACACUAAUGAGCAAAAGGCAAUGUUCUUCAUGCAGGCUAUAAGGAACAGAGUAGACGUUGACUCUGCUUAUUUUGGGACCUUCUUGGGAGUACUCAAACAAGAGCCAUCGUACAAAUUCAUGACGGACAAGUUAGAGAAAGAAGUUGAAGAAAUGAAAAACAAGCGUCCUGGGUAUGAAGCUGGUACUGGUCACAGUCCACAACCAAGCAUUGGUGCUACAAUCAAUGAUGGUGGUGAUGGUGAUGGUGAUGACUUUUCGUUGGUGGAUAACACAACUGUGCUGGAGGACGAUAUUUAUAUGGAUGUGGUGACAGACGUAAAGGACUUGGCUGCCAGGUUCAUUCAACUUGGUAAAGCUCUUCGUAUUCCAAAAGCUGAUAUGGACAUUAUCCAGAGCAAGCAUAAGGAUGAACCGAGAGCAGGGCUAUAUGCAGUAAUAGAAACAUGGUUGCUACAACGUCAGGAUUGUUCUAAGCAUGGACUACCGACUUGGAAGGUGUUAGUCGAGGCAGUUGCUCAUCCAUUUGGAGGAUCCAAUUGUGCCUUAGCUAGAAAAAUUGCUGCAAAACAUAUUGCCAGUGUUGCCCAAGCCUCUAGCUGAUUUGUACGUGUAUUAAAAUUCCAUUUUGUUUUUGUAGAUAUACCGGUAGAUAUAGUUGCUCUCCCCAACUAUCGUAGCAUUUUAUAAUUAUGCAUUGUAUAUAAUAUAUAUACAAUGUACAGUACAUCGUACAUGUGUGGUGUAUUGAGGAACUAACGGAAAA